AUGGACCCUGAAAUGGAGACACCAGAGAUUGUCAAAGUAACACCUCUUCAACAAAUGCUUGCCUCUUGUACUGGAGCUAUACUGACAUCACUAAUAGUGACACCACUGGAUGUUGUUAAAAUUCGACUCCAAGCCCAAAGUAACACGUUAACUAAAGGAAAAUGUUUCCUGUACAGUAAUGGACUCAUGGAUCAUCUGUGUGUCUGUGAAGAGGGAGGCAACAAAGUUUGGUAUAAGAAGCCAGGAUGUUUCCAAGGAACAUUGGAUGCCUUUUUGAAAAUCAUUCGAAAUGAGGGCAUUACAUCCCUUUGGAGUGGCCUGCCCCCUACCCUAGUGAUGGCAGUUCCUGCCACAGUUAUUUAUUUUACAUGCUAUGAUCAAUUAACUGCUCUUCUGAGAUCUAAAUUGGGAGAAAAUGAAACCCGCAUACCAAUUGUUGCUGGAAUUGUGGCCAGAUUUGGUGCUGUAACUGUGAUAAGUCCAUUAGAACUGAUUAGAACCAAGAUACAGUCUAAGAAGUUUUCUUACAAGGAACUGCAUCAAUUUGUCAGCAAGAAAGUAGCUGAAGAUGGUUGGAUUUCCCUUUGGAGAGGCUGGGCUCCUACUAUUCUUAGAGAUGUACCUUUCUCAGCAAUGUACUGGUAUAACUAUGAAGUCUUAAGGAAGUGGUUGUGUGAGAAAUCUGGUUUAUAUGAACCAACGUUUACGAUCAACUUUACUUCAGGGGCAUUGUCGGGUGCUUUUGCAGCUGUUGCAACUUUACCAUUUGAUGUGGUAAAAACACGAAAGCAGACACAACUUUGGAUAUAUGAAAGUCAUAAAAGUAACUGGCCUUUGAAUAUGACAACUUGGGUUAUAAUGAAGAACAUUGUUGCUGAAAAUGGAUUUCCUGGAUUAUUUACAGGACUAGUUCCUCGUUUAAUUAAAAUUGCUCCUGCAUGUGCCAUUAUGAUCAGUACAUAUGAAUUUGGGAAGACCUUUUUCAAGGAACAAAACAUUCGAAGCCAGCAAUACUAG